AUUGGAACAUUACAACUUGAAUUCAGAAGAUUAAGCGAGUUGAGCAAAAACCCCAUAUAUUUGAAAAAGGCUCAGAAAGUAAUUGAUAUUCUUCAAAGGAAAAAUACUGAGCUACCUGGACUUUAUCCUGUUUAUAUCGAUCCAUCUACUGGUGAUUUCGCAACAAGCAGUGUACAUCAAUCUGAUUCUCAUAAAUUCUUAUUAUUUGCUUGGGUGACCUGGGGUGGAUUAGGUGAUAGUUUCUAUGAGUACCUAUUGAAACAACAUAUAAUGGUUCAAGGCAAAACUUCUCAAUAUAUUGAUAUGUGGAUGUCGGCAGUAAAAACAACUAAAAAAAAGUUGGUCUAUAUUGCAAAAAAAUUUCCUCAUCUCACUUAUUUGGCUCAAUGGAAAAAUGGAAAACCGUACUUCGAGAUGGGUCAUUUGGCAUGUUUUGCCGGAGGAAAUUUUCUUCUGGCUGGGAAAUUCCUCAAUAAUACUUCUCUGAUUAAGCUCGGUCUUAAAAUAACUACUACAUGCUAUAAUACCUACAUUGGAACUAAUACUAUGAUUGGUCCUGAAGUAUUUGGUUGGAUUUCACCGAAUGGUAUUGCUAGUAUGAAGAUUAAUCAAAAGCAAAAAGCAAUGUACGAAAAACAUGGUUAUUUUGUUACAGAACCAUCGUAUCGAUUAAGGCCAGAAGUUGUUGAGAGUAUUUUCUACGCAUACCGAGUCACUCACAACCCUAAAUAUCAGGAUUGGGCAUGGAACAUUUUUAAAUCUAUAAACAAAUUCUGUAAAACCUCUACUGGAUUUUCUGGUCUAAAUAAUGUUACUAAUCUAAUUCGUGACUGGAAUAAUUCACAAGAAAGUUUCUUUUUGGCAGAAACGCUAAAAUAUCUUUAUCUAACAUUUAGCAACACUGAUUUAAUUUCUUUAGAUGAGUGGGUAUUUAAUACUGAAGCACAUCCGCUUAGAUCGCUCGUCGUGCCUGAUAAGAACCAGUUUCAACACAUUCUUCGUUUAUUAAACACCAACGUCGAGGGCAAGAACAAAGUUAUGUUUGCCCUGACUGCCAUUAAGGGUGUUGGUCGUCGUUACUCUAAUCUUGUUUGCAAAAAGGCUGAUGUUGAUCUAAACAAGAGAGCUGGUGAAUUAACCAAUGAAGAAUUAGAACGUAUAGUUUUAAUUAUCCAAAAUCCCACACAGUACAAAAUUCCAAACUGGUUUUUGAACAGGCAAAAGGAUAUUGUUGAUGGAAAAUACUCUCAGGUCUUGGCUAAUGGAUUAGAAUCGAAAUUCCGUGAAGAUUUGGAAAGAUUAAAAAAAAUUAGAGCCCAUCGCGGUUUAAGACAUUUCUGGGGCUUGAGAGUACGUGGUCAACACACCAAAACUACUGGUAGACGUGGUAGAACAGUUGGUGUCUCUAAAAAGAAAG